UUUGUAAACUGAUCUCUGCUCAUUGAACAGUAAAGAAAGAAAUGAUUUUGACACAGUUGAACUACUAACUGCAGAAAUCAAUCCCCACAAUCAAAACCUUAAAAACUCAAUUUCCCUUCAUAUUUCUCCACAAAAAGAUUUCCCCUUUAUCACACUACUUUACUUUUCCCAAUUCAAGAAACCUAUUAUUGGUUUAAAGGUCAGUUUUUUUGAUAUAUAUAUGGUCUAUAACAAUGUUCUUUCUUGAUUUUGUAUGAGUAUUUGCUAAAAAGUUGUGAUUUUGGGUAUACCCUUUAGCUUUUCUUGGACAAAUUUUGAGUUAUUUGUAGUGUUGAUUGAUUUUAUUUGGAUUUGUGGUAAAGAGCUGAAAUUUGGGUUUUGGGUAUUUGAGUUGUUGUGUAUGUGAUGCUUGAGCUGCUUAGAGUUUGUUGAUUUGAGUAGUGGAGUUCGUUUUAUUUGAUGAAAGUUUGUUGGUUGAGAAAAGGAGUGAUUUUUAGUAUACCCAUUAGCUUUUCUUGGACAAAUUUUGAGUUAUUUGAAGUCUUGAUUGAUUUUAUUUGAGUUUGUGUAAAGAGCUGAAAAUUUGGGGUUUUGGGUGUUCAAGUUGUUGUUUAUCUGAUUCUUGAGCUGCUUGAAGUUUGUUGAUUUGAGUUGAGUAGUGGAGUUAGCUUUGUUUGAUGAUGCCACUACCAAGAAGGAAAAAAUUUGUUGGUUGAGAAAAGGAGUGAUCUUUGGUAUACCCUUUAGUUUUUCUUGGAUAAAUUUGGGUUAUUUGUAGUGUUGAUUGAUAUUAGUUGGAUUUGUGGUAAAGAGCUGAAAUUUGGGGUUUUGGGUAUUUGAGCUGUUGUGUAUGUGAUUCUUGAGCUGCUUAGAGUUUGCUGAUUUGAGUAGUGGAGUGUAGUUGUAUUUGAUGAUGCCACAACCUAGAAGAAAGAAGUGGACUGAGGCAGAAGAAAGAACUCUAAUUGAUAAGUAUGGUGAGAUGUUAUGUGAUGGGACUUUAGCUAAAAUGAAAACUAGGGAAAAGAAGUAUAGACCUAUAGCUUUACAUGUGAAUUCUGUGCACAAUGUUCGUGAUCCGAUCACAUAUCCAUGGCAAUGGACUUGGAAGGAUGUGUCGACUAAAGUGCAGAACAUGAGGCAUCAGUAUACACUGGUGAAGCAGAAGAUUAAGAAGCCAAACUCUGGGGAGGAGUCGGGUGCUGGGGAGGAGUUCGAUUGGAUGGAGGGGCUGACUCAUUGGUCGAACUUUUUAAGGUAUAAGGAAGUGUUUGGGGAUGUCAAUACACUUGUCUUCAAUUGUAGCGACUCCAUGGCGGUUGUAGGAGAUGGAAAUGAAAAUAGUGGGGGAUUUGAUGGGAGUGGUAAUGGUAUGGGGAUUGAUCAAUUUGGGCAUCUAGGUCAUGCUGGGGACGGUGAUUUUAAUGGAGUUAUUAAUGGGAUUGAUCAUGGUGUUACAGGUAUGGAGUUUGAUUAUGAUGGAGAAGAAGGAGAGGAGAAUUUCAAUGGUAGUAUCAGGAGGAAUAAUCAUUUGAAGGAAGAUGCUGAUAGUGGAUUUGUUUACGAAGACAUCGAGCCAACUGGAUCUGAUACGAGAAAAAAGAAGAAACUAAAAGGGGUGGAGAAGAGGGCAUGGGGUUUUCUUGCAACACAGUUGGCACAGUUAAAGGAAAUGGAAGCUCGGUUUGAGCAGCGUGAGGCUGAGAGGGAGCGGGAGCGGCAGAGGAGAGAACAUCUUAGAAUAGAACUUGAACAAGAACGUGAGAGAAAAUGGGAAGAAAGAGAAAGAGAGAGGGAGGAAAGGGAGAAAGCGAGGGAGAAGUUGCAUAGACAGAGAAUUCAAGAAUGGGAAGCAAUGGAGAAGGAAAGUGAGGAGAGAGAGAGGAGGAGACGAGAGGAACAGCUUAUAUUUGAGAGAGAACGUGAAGAAAGAAUGCACAAGAGGAGAUCAGAUUGGAAGAAGAGGAUUGACGAGACAUUAGGUCAGCAUCGAGUUGAAAUGAGCCAGGUCCAGACUCGGAUACAUCACGAACAACAAAAUCUUACUAGUCAGCUUCUUGGAAUUUUUUCUCAGUGGACUGGUCAUCCAACUGGGCUUUCUGAUCACACAGGAGCUAGCAACCAUUAUCUUUCACAAAUGAUGCAAAACUUGCACCAUGUCAACGGUAUGGUUCAUGGUGAUGCAAGGGUUGUAGAUGAUGCUCAAGAAGACCAAUUUAUCGUUGAUGGAUAAAUAAAAGCAAGCUCCUUUUAGUAUUUACAUCGAUCACCUGAAUAGGGAAGGUGCAUGUACCUUGCAAGGCAUGAACAAGUGUAAAGGUGCGGCAGCAGGAUGAGCUUGUUUGAUUAACAUCUCUACCCAAUGAUGCUACAUAACGACGUACCUGACAAUCAUACUUAAAGCCCCUAAAGGUGUCACAAGUACUGCCGGGGCAUAUGCAUAAGCUGCAAAGUUAGCUCCCUCUCCAACAAUCACUACAAGAAGUUGGAAGAAUAGCGUUAAAUAAAACCAUCAGUAUUUCACAGAUAAGUUCAUAUAUCAGACUCUUUGAGACAACUUAUCCAUGAGUUUUUUCAUGAUAGUCUGUGUUUUUUCUUCUUCCUAAAGCAUGUUUCAUAAUACAUGUAGGUUUUCUCAGACAUACAACAACUACAGUGCAAUCCCGAGCAAGUUGGAAUUGGCUAUCUGUUCAAUGUAUUCAUGCUAAUAGUUGUAAGAAUGAGUUAUAUGACUCUUACUAGAUAACAUUCCAGCCCACCAACAAGGCUCCAACAAGUAGGAAUGGCCUCCUGAACCUGUUUAACAUUCAACAUAAUUGGUAAGUCAUAAUAACAGGACAAAUUUGCCUAACCUCAACAACAAAAAGAAGCCAAAUACUUUGAUUGUAUUAGACUUUUGGUAGUUCCUGCAGUGUUUGCAAAUGAUGCAGUAUUCUAGUUAAACUACCUUUGAAUGUCUAGUACCAGACUUAUAAUAGUAUUUUGGUAGAAUGUCUGUGUGUAUAUUUAGUUGGGUGAAUGGACUGGUGAUCUGCUUAUAGACUUGGGGAAUCUUCCCCUCGACCCCUCACGAGCUAGCUUUUGGGGUUGCAUAUCAUUGUCCAGCUAACCAAACUAAACUAUAUGUAUUUAAACCAUAUAUGAAGUAUACCCUAUGGGAAAUUUGAAGGAAUGAAGGUUAUUACUAGUA